AUGAAGGCUCUUUGGAGCUUCCAGAGUUUAGAGGAAGGCUCUUCGGAGCAUCCAGAGGAAGGCUAUUCGGAGCUUCCAGAAGAAGGCUAUUCGGAGCUUCCAGAAGAAGGCUACUCGGAGCUUCCAGAGGAAGACUAUUCGGAUCUUCCAGUGGUAGGCUCUUCGGAGCAUCCAGAGGAAGGCUCUUCGGAGCUUCCCGAGGAAGGCUCUUCGGAGCAUCCAGAAGAAGGCUCUUCGGAGCAUCCAGAGGAAGGCUCUUCGAAGCUUUCAAGUGGAAAGCUCUCCGUAGCUUCCAAGUGGAAAGCUUCCAGAGGAAGGCUCUUCGGAGCUUCCAGAGGAAGGCUCGCCUGA